GCCAUCGGGCUCGUGCUCUGCUCGAGUGGGUAUUUUGGAUAUCUGGCACAGGCCUUAUAGCUUCUGCAAAAUGCCUCGGGUGUAAAGGGGCCAACUAUUAUGGGGUACUGGGACCCCGCCGCAACGGGGUGGACAGACCGACCGCUGUUGAGAGUUCGUCAGGGCGGUUAACGCGGGGGACAAAGCACGCUGGACUGACAAUCUUUACAUACAAGAUAGCCAGCAACAGACAUCAAGAGGCUUGUUUUCAACUCAGCUGCAGAGGAGGCGGCACUGUUUGCAGGAUUAAAGGGAGAGCUUGGUGUGUAAGGUCUUCCGAGUGUGAGGGACAUUUUAGUCAGACAAGUUAGCAAUUGCCGUGAUUUUGAUACCAAGGAACCGUAUCUAUGGAGAUAUUAUCUACAAAAAGAGGAUCCGGUCAUCCCAACCCAGUGACAGAGCGGGUUCAGUCGGAAUAAAUCAAUUGGUUAAUCUCUUUUAUUUUUGUCCGCCGGGCGGCGAUGUCAGCUUUCUGCCUCGAUUUGCACACAUCUACCGCCGCGAUUUCAGCACCACCCGAACUGGACAGCGACUGCAUGGCGCACCUGCUAGAUCAGGGCAACAAAACCCCACAAGAAACGGGAGGAUUUCAGGGCCACUCGCUGCUACAUACCGACUCUGGAGGCCUCGGGAUGGCGUUGGAAGAGGAAUUAGCCAUGCUUACCGGGGAGCAGGACGAGGAGGAGGAGGAGGAGGAAGAGUUAUCCGAAUUGGAGACGCCUGUAAUGGGACAGAAUACAGACUUUUUGUUGCUCUUCCGUCAAAAGGAGAGGGAUUUGGUUUUAGCUGCUAAACUCGGCAAGGCACUGCUAGAGCGAAACCAAGACCUGACUAAGCAAUAUGAGAAAAUGAACAAAGAUCUUAACGAUAAACUUGAGCACCUGGAGCAGGAGAAGCACGAGCUGCGGCGGCGGCUGGAGAACAAGGAGGGGGAGUGGGGGGACCGUGUGGCGGAGCUGGAGACAGACGUCCAGCAGCUGCAGGGAGAGCUGGAGCGCCAUCAGGUCCAGCUGAGAGAAGCCGACCGUGACAAGUCCACGGCCAUCAGGGAGCUGUCAGAGCAAAACCACCGCCUGCUGGAGCAGCUCAACCGGGCUACAGAGGUGGAGAGGCAGCUGUCCACUCAGGUCCACUCGUUACGGGAUGACUUCAGAGAGAAGAGCAUCUCCACCAACCAGCACAUGACACGACUAGAGAGCCUACAGGCUGAGCAAGGGCUGGAAAUUAAGAUGCUGUCGGAGCGUAAGAGAGAGCUGGAGGAUCAGGUUAACGCCGUACUAGAGGAAAACGAGCUACUGCAGAACACUGUUGACGACCUGAGGGAAGGGACGCUAGUGCUGGAGAAACAGUACCACGAGAAGGUCUCACAGUUACGGCAGAGCCAGCUGGAGCUCCAGGAGGUACGGGUGUCCCACAGACAUCUGAGUGCCCGCUUUGAGGAGUUCACAGAGGAGAGAAGUCUCCAAGGCCUCAGCCCAAACCCUGCCAGCCUACUCUGUGAGAUAGAACAGAGCAUGGAGCAAGAGGAGCAGGAACAGGAGAGGGAACAGCUGCGUCUCCAGCUGUGGGAAGCCUACUGCCAGGUGCGCUCUCUCGUCUCCCACCUGCGAGGCAACGACAUCACAGACUCGGCCCUGUCCACAGACUCCUCCAUGGAUGAGUCCUCUGAGACAUCCUCAGCCAAGGACGUUCCCAUGGGGAGCCUACAUGCCAGUCUACUGGAGCUACGCAGACUCACACAGAACCUGCUAGAUGGCAAUGAGUCCACGGGUUCUCGGCGGAGUGACGAGGAGGCUCUAGAGGACCAAGUUCGAAAGCUUGUGGAAGAGCUGAGAGGAGUGAGAGAGCUGUACGAAACAGAGCAGGAUAGAACACGGAACAGCCAAGAAGAGGUUCUACAACUCCAUAAUCAGAUGGCAACGUUUUCUGUGGAGAUGUGCUCUGUACAGGAGGAGAGUGAGCGCAUGAGGGCCAUGUCUGAAGCACGAGACCCCAGUGAACAGCUCCAAAGUGCUAUACAAGACCGAGACGACGCUAUUUCCAAGAAGAAAGUGGUGGAGACGGAGCUGGCCAAGUGUAAGAUAGAUAUCAUGUCUCUGAACAGCCAGCUCCUGGACGCCAUCCAGCAGAAGCUGAACCUAUCACAGCAGCUGGAGGCCUGGCAGGAUGAUAUGCACAGUAUGAUUGAUCAGCAGCUCAUGGAAAAGCACCAGGAGGAGUGGAGGGUGACCCCCUACUCCCUCGCUGGGUCCUCCGGGGGCCCCUCCGGCCAGUCCUCCAGACGAGCCCAUCGCCUCUCCGAUGGAGACAAGCGGCUCUUUUCCUUCUUCAAAAAGAACUGAGAACGCCUCUGGACUGGCCCGAGUAAGCAAGAGAGAGAAAAAGAAUAAUUCAAAUAGAGUGCAGAGGUAGAGGAAAAUAAAGGCAAAGACUGAGUGGCAGUGAUACACACUAUCAGAUGGGGGGGGCUAAAGAUGUUCAAGGGUCAUUUUGCACUUUAUCUGUCCCAUCAUGUCCUACCUUAAAGAUGUUGAAACAGAGAGUUAAGGCACUUAAAGAAGGAGUGAGCAACACUGUUAGGGCUCACUCACACCAGUAGUGCUUUCUGGCCGAGAGUACUUGGCACCUCUGAACAUAAUUUGAGAACCGAGUGCGCACCGAUUUUACAUGUAGAAAAUAUCGGCAGUCAGACGUCUAUAGCGGGUGGUCCCUAAAACACAGUGCACUGAACGAUCGACAGAUGAACGCUAGAUCCACAUUAGAUCCACAUUCAGUGUGAUGUGUGCGAGCGUUUACACAUCCAAAGGCCUUGGCUCCCAUCCCAUAAACACCCAUUUGGCUUACAUAUAUUUCAAAGAGGACGGUUCCCUAGCAGUGCCGCCCAGUGUCUCUACCCCUCUUCCAAAACCCCAGACUGGGAGUGUACGUCUACAGUAGGGCUGGCUCCUGUGCCCUGCCACAUGCCAAGGUGUCUGGGGAGGGUGUUCAAUACGGGACUCACCAAGGCGUUGGGGUGGAGGGAUUAGGACAGUGGGACAGGGAUCUGGGUAAGGGAACAUUCAUUGAGGGACAAGAACCAGCCUCUGGUUGGGAAGCAGCAUUGUUACAGCUAACUCCGACAUGUUCUCAGCUUUAUUCAUAUAUUCAGGGAUUUACAAAGAGGCCUUAUUCCCAAUCAAUCCAAUGGAUGGAUUUCUUUUGGUUGGUAUGCACUUCACAAUUAUGGUCGUGCCAUAGCAUUGGUUAAUAGAGUUAACACAACACACCAAAUGUCCAUCCUUGAAUAUCACUGAAGUAUAAAUGUAUAGAUCAAGCCACAGUAAAUCCAUAAACAUAGCACUUUAUGCAUAUCAAUCAUAAGUUUACCUCAGAUACUCAAUACUAACUGAGCAACCAGUGCAUGACCAAGGGAGAGUUACAUUUACCAACCACUGAAUGUAUGAAAACCAGCCUAUCUAAAGUGAUUAUAGGACUGUUUCAGGUCCAUGGACAUUUCUACACAGGCCUCUUGUCAGUCUCUGACGUCUGAAUAAAUCUCUGGGCCGCUGGCGUUAGCUGCAGCCUCUAUCCAGGUGGACUUUUUCUACAGUUAGAAUGUCACGUUUUGCGUACGUUUGACGUACAACAAGUAUUUUCAAACAUUAUCUGUACAAUGGUCAUCAUGUAUAUUCCUCCUAGCUGACCAAAUCCUCCGAACUGUUUACAUUAGCUUGAGAAAGGAGAAGUCUAAACGGUCUCUCAAUACGUCUGCAGUGCCUAACUUUGGCAAGUCAAAGGCAUCCAUAUUGUGCUACAGUUAAUUGUCAAAUUACCAUUAAUUGAAACACAAAUGUAGAUGAUAUUGAUUUAGUAACCUACUCAGUCCACCAAUCCAGUUUCACAGGAAAACCUAUUGACAGGGCCUACAGAGUGCUUUAGCUAUACUAUCACAGUAAUAUAGAAGGUCUACUGCCAUUCCCAUUGGUUCAAAGUUUAUGAUAGUGGACACUUCAUUUUCAAGCUUCCAUAAUGGCCAGACAAACAGUCACCUCCAAAAUGAUUGGCACCCUUGAUAAAGAUGAGCAAAAAAUACAGUAUAAAAUGAAUAAUACAAAAAUUGUAUGCUCAAUAAAUGUGAAAAUAUAUUAUUUUUGUAGUAAUACAAUUGCUUAGGAAAAAAUAUUUUGUUCAAGUAAUUAACAAAAAAUCUCAAAAAGAUAGGUGUCAAAAUUAUUGGCACUAUUUUCAAUAUGUUGUGCAACCUCUUGUGAGGAUAACAGCACUUAUCCUUUUUCUAUAAUAUUUUAUGAGACCAUUCCUCCAUACAGGAUCAUUCCAGGACCUUGAAAGAUUCAUCCACAUUUUAUAGUAGGUACAAGGUUCUUUUCUGCAUAUGCAUCCUUCAUUCGAGGCCAAACACACCACUGGUGUGCGUGGCCAAAGAGCUCAGUUUUAAUCUCAUUCGAUCCAUAGCACCUGGUUCCUAUUCAAGGGCCAAUGCCAUUUAACAAACUCCAGGCAUUUACAUUUGUUGGUUGCUCUCGAUAAAGGAAGUGGCGUUUAAUUGUAUAUUUGGAGACUUGGUGACCCCAAGACGCGACCAAGUUCGGUCAUUCUACAACAGUGGCCCUUGGACUUUUUUUUGCCUCCCAAACCAUCUUCCUCAAUGUGCGUAGUACAAAAUACACUUGGAUCUUACCAGGCAAGUUUACCACUGUUCCAGUGGUUAUAAACGUAUUCAUUGUUUCCAUAAUAGUGGUAUAUUGGAGUUUUCAGUCGUUUUUUUGUACCAUUGCCUGAUUUAUGAAAGUCAACAGCCAUUUGCCUUUCCUCAUGGUGAUGGAUGACAAAGGGAUUUUACAUGUUUGUUACCUCAUUUUUCUACCCCAGUGAAACAGGAAGCCAUGGAAGGCCACAAUACAGUUCCUUUAUCUGAGAUUAACUUAAACAAGUAGAAUGAUAAUGCAAUCUUUAGGGGUGCCAAUAAUUUUUACACAUACUUUUUUAUUUUUUACUUGAGCAAUAUUGUAUUAGUAUGUUCCUUUUUUGCAUACAAUAUAGCUUGGUAUUUGUAUUAUUUAUGCAUAUGUUUUGCUCAUCUUUAUCAAGGGUGCCAAUCAUUUGGGAGGUGACUGUAUCUGUGACCCCAUAUUUGUAGAGUGUGUGUAGAUAAAUGUGAUGCGUCUGAACUGUCCCGGCGUGUUUAAGGAGGAGACUGGCACAGUCUUCUGACCUCUGUCUAUGUAUGGAAAGUCAUAUCUAGAGCCCCUGCGCAAACCUAUGCAGAUGUCUUCUCGCCAUCUCAGUUGGUAAGGUUGUUGGUUAGGAUCAACCCAAAGAAUUAUUAUUUUUAAAGAGUUGAGAGUAGGUUUGGAUGAAAUCAAUAUAUUUAUAAAUGCAUACCUUUUUCAAUGGAAAUCUAGUGUUUUUUUUUUAUAUAUAUAUUUUUUCCCAUUGUUCAUGUAUUUUUAUUUAAUGUUUACAUGCAAAUUGGGAUCUCUGCGGAAAGGGAGGGGUGAUGUGGAGGAGGGUGAAGAUUAUAAGUUCUACGUGUGACUGUUCAGUUCUGUCUUUGUAAUAAGUCAUUCUAACUUUUACGUAAUUCACUGAAUGUUGUCGAAGUUUGAGUUAUACUCAAGUCUACCGAUGUUUGAUUCAGAGGUUUUCACCAGGGUUGGGUUCAAUUCGAAUUGAGAGCAGUCAAUUCAGGAGGUAAACUACAAUUAACAUAAUCAAUAGAAGGGCAGUUAUUUUCAAUGACUUCUCAAUAAACUGAAAAAAAAGUUCAAGCUAUUUAUUUCAAACGUUUUUACAUUUAAGAAUUUGCCAUUCAAAUCACUUCCUGAAUUGACUACCUUCAAUUUGAAUUGAGCUCAGCCAGGCUGCAAAAACAAACUCAUUAUCUAGUUAAAAGAGCGAUGUCUGCCUUUCUGUCUGUUGUCUAAGCAAGUGUGGUUCGGGCAGGGGUCCAGGUGGGUCGUUAGCUUACAUUUUUAGUGCAUUGCAAAAUUAUUAUUAAUAUAUAUAUAUAUAUAUAUAUAUAUAUAUAUAUAUAUAUAUAUAUAUAUAUAUAUAUACACAUUUUGGGGAAUGGAAAAACACUUUCAGUGUAAACUUUAACAACUAAAACCAAAUAGAAAGUAUGUAGAAAAGAUAAGGGACCUAUACAUAAAAAAUAAAAAAAAUACUCUAGUCUUUGAGAACUUGGAAUCAACAAAAUAAAAGUCCCCAUUGAUUUUGUUAUGUUUGAGCAUAUGAACACAGCAUUAGCCAUGUCAAAAUGUGUAGAAUUGCAGAAUAUUUGCAUAAAAAACUGCAAAACAUUUCUCUCAGCUCCAUGGCAAAAUGUAUAGAAUGGAUUGGCUUUAAAACAGCAAUAUUCGAUUAGGCUCCAUGAAGAAUUGCAGGAAAUUUGUUUUAAAAUGGCAUUUUAUUUCAUCUCCAUGGCAAGAUGUAUAGAAUUGCAGGAAAUUUGGUCUGUAUGUUUUUGCACCGCUCAACCCUUAUCAAAAGACACCUCAAUUAGUGGGUCAAGGUUUGGGAAUCCGUGUCUAAGCAGCUGUGGUGUUGUAUUGAUCUGAGAGGAUGGUUAAGUGGGUCUAACACCAGGAGCCAGUCAGCUCUGAUAGGCACUGACUAGCUGCAUGAUUAUAGUGGAUAUUAAGCCAACCACACACAGUUAGACUGCAGCCUCAGAACUGAGUGAUGACAAGUUAUUCUGCAUGCUAAAUUAGGGUUGGUUGAACAUGGAUCAAACAUGAACUUAUAUUACAAAUGGGGAUCAAACAACACUUAUGACCAGAAUGCAAGUUCUCAUGUCCUUGUCUUUUCGGAGAGGAGAAAACUGAAUUAUGUAGUAAUUUGUAAUGUAACAGGCCAGAGGUCUUGAACUCAGCCUCAUGGCCUGUUGUCACCAGAGGGGUAUACUACGAAGUAAGUUCCAUGGCUUAGGCAGCUAAUUUGGCAACCAAAUACUCUGAAAUAACUCACACGAAAAAUAGAAAGAUGAGUAUAAAAUGGGCACAGUCUAAUUAACUUAACCAAAAACACAUAUCUAAGAUUUGCUUUCUUAAUGGAGCAGAAAAUCAAUAGUUAUUUUUGGUUGUUUAUCAAAGUUAGUUGGUCAAUUCAUGAAUCCUUCUUUGUCGUAUAGACCUCCGGUGUUCCUGGGCGUGGCCUCUGGUAGAAAAGUUUGGCCGUUCUGUUCAUUCAGAGCUCAUUCAAGAGCUCUGGCCUGCUAGUUACUUACAUCCAUGUUAUAGUUUUCAGUUUAAAGUUACAGUGCCUUGCGAAAGUAUUCGGCCCCCUUGAACUUUGCGACCUUUUGCCACAUUUCAGGCUUCAAACAAAGAUAUAAAACUGUAUUUUUUUUGUGAAGAAUCAACAACAAGUGGGACACAUUGUGCUAUAUACGACUGAUUGUUGUCCUAUGGACAGAGUCUCCCACCUCAGCUGUAGAUCUCUGCAGUUCAUCCAGAGUGAUCAUGGGCCUCUUGGCUGCAUCUCUGAUCAGUCUUCUCCUUGUAUGAGCUGAAAGUUUAGAGGGACGGCCAGGUCUUGGUAGAUUUGCAGUGGUCUGAUACUCCUUCCAUUUCAAUAUUAUCGCUUGCACAGUGCUCCUUGGGAUGUUUAAAGCUUGGGAAAUCUUUUUGUAUCCAAAUCCGGCUUUAAACUUCUUCACAACAGUAUCUCGGACCUGCCUGGUGUGUUCCUUGUUCUUCAUGAUGCUCUCUGCGCUUUUAACGGACCUCUGAGACUAUCACAGUGCAGGUGCAUUUAUAUGGAGACUUGAUUACACACAGGUGGAUUGUAUUUAUCAUCAUUAGUCAUUUAGGUCAACAUUGGAUCAUUCAGAGAUCCUCACUGAACUUCUGGAGAGAGUUUGCUGCACUGAAAGUAAAGGGGCUGAAUAAUUUUGCACGCCCAAUUUUUCAGUUUUUCAUUUGUUAAAAAGUUUGAAAUAUCCAAUAAAUGUCGUUCCACUUCAUGAUUGUGUCCCACUUGUUGAUUCUUCACAAAAAAAUACAAUUUUAUAUCUUUAUGUUUGAAGCCUGAAAUGUGGCAAAAGGUCGCAAAGUUCAAGGGGGCCGAAUACUUUCGCAAGGCACUGUAUGUACUCUUCGUGUAUAUGUUAUGUCCAAAAUUACUGUCAUUUGUAUUGUUUUAAUUUUCUAUUUGAAUACUCUUUUUAAAGUCUGUCUCCUGUCCUCAAUCUUACUGUUAAUCAGCCAGAAUACUGUGGGAAGAGUUCUCCUGCGUUGAGUGUUUGUGUGUCUGUGUGCACGUUGUGUAAAAAGCAGACAUUCCAUGGAGUGGAAUGCUUGUCCUUAUGGGUCAUGUUCUUUGGAAUUUCACUUCAUCUCAGUGUUUGUCCUUUCUCAUUCACCAAUGACAAACAUUGUUUGGGUAGCCAAACUAUUUGGAACCUUUGAAAAUAAGUCAUUGACCAUGGUCAUUUGGGGGAGUAAAUGUGGGAAUCUGUGGGUCUGGGUAUGGAUUCUUUUUGUAUUAGUACACCCAUUUCCCCCCUGACUCACCACCAUAGAGUAAGAAACAUAGGCUUUCUGUCAACCUCAUUAUUGGACAAGCUUCAAUAAUGACCCCAUUGCCAUUUAGCCUUCAUAAAUGAAUGUGGUACUGAACUUACACAGCUGCCCCUUUCUCUCCUGACACAUUAAAGCUUUUCUGUAAUGGUAAGGGACUAUAUACCCUGCUCCAGUCAAUUGAAUAUGGAUAAUGCACAUUGUUGUAUGAGUAAUAUUUAUAAGGUCAUUAAAUAAGAUUACUUUAAUGUAGUCUUGGCACUAAAAGGCACGAUCUCAGAUCACAAGUGAACUUAGUAACAAAGACAGUUUGAAAUGGUAAGUGAUAAUGACACAGCUAUGUGAUUUGACACAGGUUACAUAUGCAUAAGUAUUUACGCAUACUCGUUCAAAUAUUGUACAUAUGACAAACUAGUUGUUCAAUACCGAGGACACUUUCAUAAAGAGGUACAUAAUAUUUAUGAUGGGGCUGGAAAUGUAAAAGAGUAUGGUUUUAUAUUCAUAGUAAAUUACUAUUUUUAGUAUUGGGGUAAAAAUAUCCAAAACACUAACUCAGAAUGGAUUUUUAUAGCAAUGUUUCAGGGGAAAUCAUGCAUCUAAUUCAUGUUUCUAUAUGUGGGGGCCACUGUGUUUCUAUAUGUGGGGGCCACCCCAAUACUUGGGGACAGAAAGUAUCUUGGUAGUGUUAGUACUUACUUUGGCUUCUCUCCGUGUAUUGAGAAAAACACCAUGCCGUCUAUGGACAAAACACCACUUACCAUGCCACUCAUUCUAAGUAAAUGAAUGAUCUACACUGAGUUCAUAUAGUUUCAUUGUGGUCAACAACAAAAUAAAACAGCUAAGACACAUUCAAGUGGCACAAUUCCUCCAUAGUUUAUUCACAAAAAGCAAGAAGUUCAAAACAAAUCAAGGCCAAGCUUCAAAUCAUUGACAAAAGAGAGCAGUCAUUAUGUCAUAUUUAUUUUUAAAACGUUUAUUGAUUAAAUUCAUGUAGGGAAAUUGAAUAGUACAUCUCUUUUCUCCAGUGUACAGCCAACCACUGCUGAUAAGUGUGUUUCAACCAUAGCACACGAGGCAUGUCAAUACAUGCACAGUUGUGAGUGUAUGUUCUAUAUACUGAAUAUAAACACAUUUUUUAUAUACACAAUGAAUAGAAAUCAUACAGUUAGAUUUGAUGCCAUUUCUCCACUGCCUGGCAUGCGUCACCCAACGCUCAGAUUGUGGCACUGUCACGUGCCCCGCCCCAAUGGUCGUCUGGUUAGGGUCACAGAUUUCCCAACUCCACUUCAUGACCACCUCAGCUAUCCUCAAGCAGAGGAAUAGGUAUUCGGGGCCCGGAUGUGUGUAGGAGAGUGCCGAGGCCAGGGAUUCCAUUUCUCCAUCACUAAUGGUCCCCCAUAGCAGACCCUCAGAGAGGAACCUGUCACACCGCCCGCCUGCCACACACUCAAGCGGAACACUGGAUAGUAACACUUCAGUUGAAUGGGUAACCAGAUUGUGACAAGUCCUAGAUAAUAACAUGACACGACCAGGCAUAAACAUGUUAACAGUUCAGAAUAUUUUGCAAGCUGAAAAUCCUGGACAAUUUAUGAAUACUACAUGCAUGUCAGAUAACAUAUACAUACCCCUUCAAACAAAGUGUUUCGUGUUAAACACACUAACCAGUCUGCAACGGUACAGGGUUAGUGCACUGACUCCCAUUUCCUGUCAACACAGUCCUGGCACAAACCAAAUUCACCCUGUAAUGAUGAUAAAGAUGUCCAAUAUCAUUACAAUGCCCCACAAGUGACCAAAGCUAAGGGGGUUGAAUCCAUAGCUGUGAAGAGGUGCUGAUAUGAGAGUGUUUGGUGCAUGGGAAUACGGAGGCCUGUGGCUGAAGUGUGGUUAGAGAGCAGCGCUGGGCUCCCCCCCGCUGCCCGAGAGUUACCUAGGCCUUAACCCAAAACAACUACGCCCAGUGGGCCUUUAUCACAACAGUCCAACAGGGAGAGCCAAAGAACUCACUUUUCAUUCACAUCACAUAUUGGCAGUAUCAUUGUAAAAAAAAGAAAAAUGAAAAAAAAAAAAGUGGAAGAUUUUCUUUUAAAAGCAAACUUAGUGCACAAUAAGACUGCAGUGAGUGGUAGAUGGCAGAGCAUUGUGUCCCUGGGCCAUGGGAGUGGUUCACUGCUCUGACCAGCUCUGAAAACAGGUCGUUGGCUGAUCGAUCAACAUUAUUGUAGGACAAAGGGGAGGAGAAAAAGCUUGGCAAAAAAAAAGUGAAAAAAUAAACUAAGAAGAUAGUCACCAAUUCUGUCCAUUGGAUUGGUUGCUAAAGGGUGCCCAUCAAUCAUCAUCAUCAUUUUCCCCCAUUAAGUCAAAAACAAAUUAGUUCAUGAUCAGUUGGUGUGAACCAUGGUAAAUAAAUGUGUCUGAAAAGUCCAAAUAAAAAUGUACAAAAAGGUUGUGAAUCCCUUCCCUCAUACCCCAUCCAGUUUUUCAUUUUUACCCCUGUUCCAACUGACCCCCACCCCCCAAAAAAUGUAUCCUCCUCUUCAGGUGCAGAGUCACUUGACUCGUAAUGUCCCGUGUGAAGUGGAAUGACAAGGAGAAAAAGAUACGAAUGUAAGAACAUUUGUAUACGCAUAUAGAAAUCAGAGCAUUAUGGCCGUCAGUUUUCAGCUUGCAGAUCCUUCAAGAAAGGAGGAUCUCUUAAAUAUUGCCCAUCUGCUGAAUUCCAAAUAAAACUUGAUCUGACUAA